GUAUGCUGCUGCUGCAGAAGAGGAACAGGGAGGCACUGCAGCACCUGCAGACCGGACUGGCCCUGCGGCCCUCACAGCCAGCACUUAGGUUCUUCACAGGUCUGGCUCUACUGCUACAGGAGGAAGCCUCAGAGGCUGUGGAGAAGGAGGCAGCCCUGUUUUUACAACAAGGCCUGGAGCAUGUUAUAGCACAGUCCUGCAACACGGAGAACAACUACAGUGGUUUGGAGCCGAGCGUGACAGACCCUCUGUCCAGUGUGAGAACACAGUUCCUGCGUGGCUGCCUCACCCUAGGUGCCCUCCAACAGAAGAACACUCUCUCUCAGAAGCCAAUGAGCUCAGAGCAGGUCUAUCACACUGUUGCGGUGCUGGCAGCCCGCGGUGUGUGUCGGUGCGUGUGUCGGGACGAGGUGGCCCAGCAGCUGGAGUGGGUGUUGCUAGAUGCCCACUUUGCCCUCCUCCAGAGCCUCAUUCAGCAAAAGAAGGCUGCUGGGUUGACUCAGGGUCAGGGCAAACAGGGAGAGACAGAGAGACAGGCCUGGGUGGCCAAGAGGUGUCAGGCUCUCACAGGUCUGAUCCGCCUCACCUCCAUCCCCGCCUGCAGGGAGCUGAUGGACAUGCAAGAGAAGGUCUGCCAGGUCGCCGUGGUAACGACUCCUCGUGACAGCCACGCGCUGUGUCUCCUGGGGCUGGCCCAGCUGGCUCAGUGUGACAACGACCACGGCUCCCAGAGGUUAGAAGGAGCCAUUGCCAACGCCUGCCUCAGCUUCCAGGCAAGCAUCGAACUGGAGGACAAGCCUCAGAGCGGAGAGCCACCCACACAGCUCACUAAGCAGCAGUGGUGGCAGGACAGGCUGGCAGCAGACAAGGAGAAGGCAGUCAAGGGGACAGCCAGCCAGGGAGCGGGCGGGGGUGGUUCUGGGCCUCCUGACACUGCAGUGGCUGCCGGGAGAGGAUGUGGGCGUGGCAUGGGAGGUCCUGCUAGAGGGGGUACUGCGGCUGCAGCCAAGACCCCCACGAGAGGAGGCAAGACUGCCCCUCCAGCCAAAAACACCCCCUCUACUGCCCCUCCAGCCAAAAACACCCCCUCUACUGCCCCUCCAGCCAAAAACACCCCCUCUACUGCCCCUCCAAAAAACACCCCUUCUACUGCCCCUCCAGCCAAAAACACCCCUUCUACUGCCCCUCCAGCCAAAAACACCCCUUCUACUGCCCCUCCAGCCAAAAAACUUCUACUGCCCCUUCUACUGCCCCUCCAGCCAAAAACACCCUCUACUGCCCCUCCAGCCAAAAACACCCCUUCUACUGCCCCUCCAGCCAAAAACACCCCUUCUACUGCCCCUCCAGCCAAAAACACCCCUUCUACUGCCCCUCCAGCCAAAAACACCCCUUCUACUGCCCCUCCAGCCAAAAACACCCCUUCUACUCCAAAAACACCCUUCUACUGCCCCUCCAGCCAAAAACACCCCUCUACUGCCCUUCCAGCCAAAAACACCCCUCUACUGCCCCUCCAGCCAAAAACACCACCUCUACUGCCCCUCCAGCCAAAAACACCCCCUCUACUGCCCCUCCAGCCAAAAACACCCCCUCUACUGCCCUUCCAGCCACCGUGUCUCCAUCCAGCAGGGGGCAAGUUGGAGCAGCCAAAACUCCUGGUCCUGCCAAGCCAAGCAACUCCAAGACCCAGCUCAUCUCCCCCAGCAAGUCUAAACCAGACUGCUCCUCAAGCCCAGCCAAACCUGGGCCCACAGAAGGUCCACGAUGCGUACAUUGAGCUGGCAGAGAUGCUGGGGCAGUCCGACCCGCUGGCUGCUGUAGAGGUGUACUGUCGGUUCCCCUGA